AUGGCUGAUAAGGAAGGAGAGGUUGGUUUUGAAGAAGGAAUGUUGUGGCUGCCGCAACAAGUUCUAGACGAAGCAAUAUGUGACACAAAGGCAUACUCAAGGCUUCGAGUGCAGCACCACCAGCAUCAUCAUUUGAAUUCAAAACCUAGCUCAAUUAGACCUAAACAUCAUAGACCAAAAGCCAAUGUCAAUUGGUCAUCUGGAGGGCCUGGAAUGCAAGCUAUUUUCCUGGAUUCUUCUAGCCAAAGAUCAUGUGGCACUGGCGUUUUUCUUCCUCAAAUGGCAGGCUCCAACUCCCACAAAACUAAAAAACCAGCUUGUGCUCCUGUUCUUCUGCCCUCCCGUGUGGUUCAAGCUCUCAACCUCAAUGUUCAUACCCUAGGCCUCCAAAUUUCACCUCGACAAGAUGCUAAGGAUCAUAAACGAAAAGGUGGCGAUUGUAUUUCGGAUCAUAAUAAAAGUGGAAAUAAAGAUGUUCCAUCGACUCAAUGCUACAUUAUUUCUCAAAAUCCAAGUUCUUCCCCGGAGUUAUUUCUUCCCAAAGAAUGGACAUACUAG